UGGAUGCCCAGGACAUCCUGGAUGUUAUUGCCUGAUCUUGUGUGUAUAAAUAUGACCCUUCUUCCUUCAAUAAAUCUGAUAAUGUUAUGGUAUUUCACUGGCUCUGUGUCAGCUUGAUCAUUCUUGAUUCUGAAGACAACAGUUUGAAAACCAAGAUUAAUCAUGGCAAUGCUGAGAAGUUUUCUGCUUAUUUUCAUGAUCUUCUCCAUGGGGAAUGCAGGAGUUGAUUUAUUCCUAAAAUGCCCCGCUGGAUGGACAAUUUUUGGACUCCGAUGCUACAAGCACUUCUCUCAGUCAGUUAACUGGAUCACUGCAGAGAGAAACUGUCAACGUCUUAGUGCGAAUCUCGCAUCUGUGCAUAAUAAACUGGAAAAUGAUUUCCUGCUGAGUCUGUUGCCUUCUUCUGACACAAAAUCUUGGGGUGGUGGUCAUGAUGGUGAACAAGAAGGACAGUGGUUGUGGAGUGAUGGAACUGCAUAUGACUAUACCAACUGGUGCUCUGGAGAACCUAACAAUCACCAUCGUCCCGAGAACUGUUUGGAGAUCAACAACUCCCAUAACCGUUGCUGGAACGAUGUGCCAUGUUCAGUCUCAAAGAAGUAUGUUUGUGUUAAGGACCUGUGAGAACAUAUGAAGUCAUCCUGCUCCACAGUUACGUUGAUUGAACUAACCAUUUACUUUUUCUGAUCUUAUCAUAUUUCUUCUCAUCUUUAAUCUCUUCUCAAUAUCUUUUCUGAAACACUCCUCAAGUUAAUAAAAGCAUUGAUAA